CCAGUAUCGUUCGAUUCGUCGCGCUUAAAUAAGCGAACGUGAAGUUGCUCCAUGCCGCGAUAAUCACGAAGGAUCGGUCUCUCUCGGUAGGAAACAAGAAAGCCUGGCUUGAAACGGCGCUCAGAUACGUUGCGGUGUGAGAGCCAACGGCGCGCGUGCCAUAAUCGUUUGCCGAUUCUCCUCGAGCGGCGGUCGCGAUCGAGAUAAUGAGGCUUAUUAAUUCACAGACGGUUGAGAUGCACUGCAACUAGAAAAGAAGAAAAAAAGAGGAGAAAAAGUGAGAAAUAUUGAAACGACUGUACGAGCGGGACGAUUUCAGCGGCGACGCCUCGCCGACGGAAUCGAUACAGCCGAAUAUCUCUCGCGCACUUUCGGAGAUGAGCGUGUGAGACGAAAUAGCAAAAGAAGAAGCGGUCGCCGUGGGUACACACACACGCGCGCACACACACACACAUACAUACAUACACACCUGCGAGCGAUUGAGCGCGCAUCUCCGAGGGAAAUUUAUAUCGCGCAUCGAUCGGCAUCGGAGACAUGGCGGUCGACAAAAUUGAAUUGUCGGAACAAUUCGUGAAGGUGCCGAGCCUUAGUUUCGAGCCGUCCGAACGAUGGCGAAUCAUGCGAAACAUCCUGGCGAUCAGCUGCGCGUUCAUGAUGAACUUCACCGCGUUCAUGGGAGCCGCGAACCUGCAGAGCUCGGUUAACGCCGAUCAGUCGCUCGGCACGUUCACGUUGUCGGCGAUUUACGGCAGUCUGCUGUUCAGCAAUAUUUUUCUACCCGCCCUGAUCAUAAGUUGGUUGGGCUGCAAGUGGACAAUGUCGGUCUCCAUAUUGGCCUAUAUGCCGUUCAUAGCUGCUCAGUUUUACCCGAAGUUUUACACGAUGAUCCCCACCGGAUUGUCCGUCGGCUUGGGCGGAGGGCCGCUGUGGUGCGCAAAAUGCACUUACUUGACCGUGGCGGCGGAGGUCUACGCGAGCGUUUCAGACAUGACCGUGGAUGUUCUCGUCACGAGGUUCUUCGGCCUCUUCUUUAUGUUCUAUCAAAUGGCGCAGGUGUGGGGGAAUCUUAUAUCUUCAGCAGUCCUCUCUUACGGUGUCGACACGGUCGCCGCGAAUUCGACUCUGAAUAGCAGCGUCGUGGCGGAAACUUGCGGUGCAAAUUUCUGCGGAAUAUCCGACGCGAAGCACGAGAACCCGAAUUUGCAGUCACCGCCGGUGGAACGAAUACACCUGAUCUCCGGGAUUUAUCUAGCCUGCAUGAUAUUAGCCUGCCUGAUAAUAACGUUCGGAGUCGAUUCCUUGACCAGGUACGACAGGAACAGAGCCCGAUCGGUGAAAAGCUCGUCUGGUUUCAAGCUGUUGGUCGUGACAUUAAAGUUAUUGAAAGAGAAGAGCCAACUGUUGAUAUUACCGAUAACGAUGUUCAUCGGUGCUGAACAGGCCUUUUUAUUCGCCGAUUACAAUGCGUCGUUCGUCUCGUGCGCUUGGGGAAUUAGUAAUAUCGGUUACGUGAUGAUAUGCUUCGGAGUGACGAACGCCAUAGCCGCACUCGCCACAGGAGCCAUCGUGAAAUUGACUGGCAGGAAGCCCGUGAUGAUCUUCGCAUUCUUUUUGCACUCGGGCAUCUUGAUCUUCAUGUUACAGUGGAAACCGACGCCUGAGCAAGGUGUCAUCUUCUUUCUGGUGUCUGGUUUAUGGGGUGUGUGCGACUCGAUCUGGCUGGUGCAAGUCAACUCCUUAAGCGGCAUUUUAUUCCCCGGCCGAGAAGAGGCAGCUUUCUCCAACUUCCGCUUGUGGGAGUCCACUGGCUCUGUGAUAACGUACAUCUACAUUCCGUACCUGUGUACCUAUACGAAGCUGUACCUUUUGUUCGGGAUAUUGUGCGUUGGAAUGGUUGGUUACAGCAUUAUCGAGUGGACGGGUGAAAUGGACAGAGCCGUUCCCGACGAAGCACCCGAGUUGGAAACAGUGGCUGAUAACGAGAUCAACCGAUAAAGUAUGAAAGCGAUAAAGUAUGAAAAAUAGUACAGAUAUUUAGAUAUUCCUUCGGACGACCGACAGAAUCGUAUGCGAUUCUUCGGAAUCUUUGUCUUUUGACAUUACCAAAGCGUGCCAAAAUAAGAAACUUAUGUAUUGUAUACAUGUAUUGUAUACAUGUAUCAAACAAUUUUUGAGAUUACAAUGAUUCUUACCGUCAUCUUUCGUUUCUUACCAUCAGGUAAGUAUCGUUUGUUUAGCAUCAAGCGCUUAGUGAGAUUCAAUUGUGAGCAAUAAUCGAUGAUUUGCAAGCUUGAAUACCUGAAUUUAUUAGAGCGAGAGAAACUCUAUCUCUUUGAACUUUGAACAAAGACGAUAUUCGAGAAGGAAUUUCUAUAGAUGUUGCUGCCGCAAGUUACAUUCACUAACAAUCACGUUAUUGCAAGAGAUAUAGAAUAUUGUUACCGAUCGCGAAAAUCGCGCCAAGAACCGCAACACAGACUUCUUUGUUAUUUGUACCACAAUAUAUGUUUUUAUUUUAUUCUUGUGGACACCUACUAAAUUUUACACAGGUAUUCACUUAACGGCUAAAAUUCUUGUCCUUCAUUUAAAUACGUAAUUUAAUGUUACAUCGUGUGUGCCUAGAUGCUAACAUUCAAGCUAAAGCUACGGCUGCUUAGUUUAGUUGUAUACUUAUGUGCUUAAUUGCCGACUGUGUGCUUAUUUCGUUUGCCAUUGAUCAAUUGAUUCCCGUCUUCGACGAAGGCAGCUUACCGAGUUGUACGAUUUUCUCUCCGUUAAUGAGGCGUGAUCGAUGUUCUCCGACAGUGGCAACGUCGAAUCAAUUGAUCGGCUAGUCGUAUUUUAGCAUCGUUAAAUUGCUGAUUGUAUCGUGGUUAUUAUUAGUUUAACGUUGCGGCCCUCAUGCGCGUAUUUACAAUUCAAAUUCUGCAGUUCAGUUAUAUACUUUAUAAAACGUAGUAGGAACUUUGGUUUCGCUGGGCAAUGUUUCAGGAGCAGUUUCCUCUUAUUGAUUCGUGACUUUAUUAUUUUGUGACACCGCACGGGCUUUUUUCCGGAUGUGCUUAUUUCUUCUUCUCCCUCUCCUUCAUUUUCCUUCGUCUUCUUCUUUUCUUUUUUCUUUGUUCAUCGUUAUUCCCGGUUACGAGUAAACUAUCUGUUGUUAGAUUAUGUGAAAUAUUUUUGAUCGGCGCAAAUUACCGGAUAAAACAAGCGAUUCUGGAAACUGCUAUAAAACAUUCGCCCGUGGAUCUAUCUUCCUUAGAAAUAUGACACUCACGAAUACAAUUCACAUGUUUUUUUUUUUUUUGUAAUACUCAUGUUUAUAUUUUCAUAAGGAUCUAUUUGAAUAUUUCAAUUUCACGAAGAAAAUACACAUGGUUCUUAAAACCGUCUCCGCGUUUUUAUUUUUAUCACCACCGCGCGUCACUCCGGCGACGCUUUAUUCUUUAUUCUUUUUUCUCUCUCCCUUUCUCUCGUUCUCUUUUGCUCUCAUUCUCUC